CAUCCAGCCUCCGGGCGCACUCCACUCUCUGAGCACUGUGCGCGUCUCGGGGCAGGAAAUGGCAAAUAAAAUAAGCGAAAGGAUGAGCACCAUCAGUACUUCUAUGGCGGAUUCCACUGACACAAGAGUAAGUGAGUUGAUUGAAGCUGUGUACAGUAGUAAUAAAUUACCUGACGAAUCGCAGUCUCUCACUUGCAUGUCUUCCUCCGUGCGUAAUUUUGGAAACGCUGGCACACUCGUCCAUGGUAUUAAUUCAGCUGGUGAAAACGCAGGUUUUAAAGACUGUACCAUACUUGAUGGUUCAAUCACUGAAAAGCAAUUCUGUGACCGUGGUGAAUAUCUGAAGUGUGACAGCGUGACAUGGGAAGAUUUGUUAAAUGUUCAGAGAACCAAUGUGGCCACGUCCGAAAGUUUGACAUGCGCAAAUGCAAGUCUCUCCUCGACAACUGGAGCUUGUAAGUUUAUCAAAGAUGAACAGGAGCCGUCUGUGAUCAUGGGGACCGCUUCUCCCAACUUUGAUCCAUCCGCUGAGAUACCUGUUCUGGACUCCUGCUGUGACAGUGACAGAAAGCAGCAGAAGCAGCAGCAGCUUGGCUUUAGAGACGAAGAGCAUACUAGCUUUACGCAUGGCGCCUCGGGUUCUCGCCCUGGGCUAGAGGGAUCUCCAAACUUUCUGAUGGACCUGAACCAACCGGGGCAAGGGAGAGCCGACUCCAGGAGCAGUUUUCCAGGGAAGGCUGUCAUUCAGUUUGAUGGCAACACGCACACAUCCACGCAAGUGACCAUGUUCAAGAGCGAGGCUCCCCGUUGGCAGAUGCAGCCGUCUCCACCUGAGCCUCAGUACUGGUGCCAGCCUACAGGAGUGACCGAUGACCCAUUCACACACAGCGGGUAUGAUGUGAUCCAGAGUCAGGCCCUGUCUCAGAGGAACCAAACCCUUUACUCCACAUUCCCUGGUAUGCCACCUCAGAGAAUGUGUGUGAUCUGUAGUGAUGAAGCAUCUGGUUGCCACUAUGGAGUGUUAACCUGCGGGAGCUGUAAAGUCUUUUUUAAAAGAGCAGUUGAAGGUCAUCAUAGCUAUCUCUGCGCCGGGCGAAAUGACUGCAUUGUGGACAAGAUCAGAAGGAAAAAUUGCCCUGCCUGUCGCCUUCGAAAAUGCUACCAAGCUGGAAUGAUGCUCGGAGGUAGAAAGCUGAAGCGCUUCGGGGCCUUGAAAGCCUUGGGUUUGCCCCCCUCCCUGAUGUUCCAGUCUCACUUGGCCAUGUCCAGCGACAAUCAAGCCUUGACCUCCAUGUCUUGCAUACCAGGCGUCCGAGAGGUGCAUCUCUCCCAGCAGAUCAUAAACAUCCUGGAAAACAUUGAACCAGAGACCGUGCACUCUGGUUAUGACAACUCCCAGAUUGAUGUUCCGCAUCUUCUGCUCAACAGCCUCAACAGGCUUUGCGAGAAACAGCUGCUGUGGAUCGUCAAGUGGUCCAAGUCUCUGCCAGGGUUUCGUAAUCUCCACAUCAAUGAUCAGAUGACCCUCAUCCAGUACUCGUGGAUGAACCUGAUGGUGUUCUCUCUCGGGUGGCGCUCCUUUCAGAAUGUCACCAGUGAAUUUUUAUACUUUGCACCUGAUCUGAUUCUCAGUCAGGAGCAAAUGAGGAGAUCUCCAAUUUACGACCUGUGCCUGGCGAUACAGUUCAUCCCGCAGGAGUUUUCCAAUCUGCAAGUCACCCAUGAGGAGUUCCUCUGCAUGAAAGCCAUAAUUCUACUCAACACAGUGCCUCUUGAGGGACUAAAAAGUCAGGCAGCGUUUGAAGAGAUGAGACAAGCCUACGUCCGGGAGCUGACCAAGGCCAUCCACAUGAAGGAGAAGAGUUUGGUGGCCAGCUCACAGCGAUUCUACCACCUCACCAAACUGAUGGAUGCUAUGCAUGAUAUAGUGAAGAAGGUCAACCUGUUCUGUCUGAGCACCUUCAUCCAGGCAGACUCCAUGAAAGUGGAGUUUCCAGAGAUGAUGUCAGAGGUCAUUGCCUCCCAGCUCCCCAAGGUCCUGGCCGGCAUGGUGAGGCCCCUCUUAUUCCACUCCAAGUGACGAUUCCAGCACAGACUUCAUUACUCUGCGGAGACAUCUCGUUAAUGGAUUACUGAUCUUUCAGUUACUGGAUUCCUCGUAGCAUUCACCAUUGUACUCAGUCAUGUACAGAAUAUGCUUUGCCUAAUACCUUUCAUGGUCUUUGGCCACUUUAGUUCAUGAGGCCAAAAACAUACCUGUUCCUUUUUUUCUUUUUAGACAGAACUAUGUUCUUAUGAAUUCAGAGGCUUUAAUCAAUAAAUCUGUUUAAUCCUGAUUUAUCCACCAAGUCAAAUCCUACCACCUUUGUGAAAAUGGUACUUCCAAGCUGACAAAUAAAAAGGUUUUGAGAACCUCCAUAAAUACACAUAUUUUUGUAUUGAAGCAACAAAAAAGAAACAGAAAAAUAGUUUUAAAAAUUCAAAUAAUCAGUGUUUGCCACUAAUAUUUUAUUCUUACUAUAAGAAAAAAGAGACAACCAAAAUUUACAGCUAGCAUCAGAGUGACUCAGAAUUUAUUUGAGGGAGGAGAGGCUGGGAAAUGACCAGCUUUAACAAUCAACUAUAAACUAUGUGCCUGCUUGAACUAGAACUUACCUUAUGCACACCCCGUGGAUAUCUCCAUGCAGACUGCACAAUGCCCUAAAUGUUAUUUUCAUAAUACAAUGUUUUAAAAUUGUUUUUAUCUGUAUCAAAAUGAUGCAUGUAACAGAAAGGGAGACUUUUUUAAAAUCCCCACUGUGACAGUAAGUGCCUAAAUCCAGAAAAAAUCCUUACAGAUCUGUCAAAGUAAUUAAUCCCCUCCUCUCUGACCAUUUUUUACAACACAUUUGAAGUGAAGAAAGUUAAAGUAGCUGACAAAAAAAGACAGAUAAGUGGUUUCAUAAUGUAAAAAAAUCAUUAAAAGCUCAUUUUCAUAAAGGUAUGGAAAGAAAGAAGCAAGCACCAUACUGGAAUAGUCCAAAAUGAUUGCUCAUAACAAUAUCCCCGCCUCCCCCAGACCUUUUGUUCUUACUGCAGUGAGCAAAAGUUAUUUAUUGUUCCAAAGAAUUCAGACCACAGGUCUAAUAAAUCACGCUGUUUAUUAUUAGACAUGUUUAUGUACUGUCCCGACACAGUAGCUGAUCGCAAGGAAACAAGCUUUCCAUUUAAAGAAAACAAAAAAGGACGCCAAACGUUACAUAGUCAGGAUAUGGAUAUCAUUUCCUUGAUAAGCCUUUGCAAUUUCAGACUGUAGGGGAGUAUUAUCCCAGCAUCAGUGUUCAAGGCCACCACAUUCUUAAAAAUGUAAAUGGGAAAGAACAGCCUGAUCUUGGCAAGUGCAGCGUCUAAUAUAACCUUUCAAAUAAAACUUACUUCCAACAGAGUAAGGUUGACUUUGAUAUAAAACUUUUAGUUUGUAAUAACUGAAGCAUGUAGGAGUUUGUUCUGAUUUCAUUUUUUUUAUCCUUUUCUGCUGAAAUAGUGUCAAUAAAGUUCACUUUCUAGAUGAUUAUGGACUUUGUACUUUGGAAAUGUUGUGAGCGUAAUAGAAAAAGAAAUAUUCAAUGACAUCUAUUCCAUAAUAUACUCUGAUACAUGUCUAGUUGUUGUUAUAGUACACCAGUGUACCAGUAAGCACUCAAGAGGAGGGCUUCACCUCAUUAACAAAGCAUUCAUUGCAUUAUAUAUAUAAAAAAAAAACACAUUUUACAUACAGAAUAUAUAUUUAAUGUGACAAUUUAUAGUAACUACCAGUUACAAGAGGUAAAUAUUUUUGAUUAGCAAAAAAAAUAUUAGCGGUAAUCUACAUUACAGUACCAUGUAGCUAAACAGAAAGUGCACUGCAGAGGUGAGCAGGUUCAGUGGAUGAACAAUGUUCACAUGAACAUGAAAGUUAAGGUGCAAACCAUUAUGCUUUUUUUCUAUUAAUAUCUAACAAACUACAUUCUAUCCUUAUUUAUAAUCACAGUUUGUUCAAUUACAGUUAAUGCAACAUGUCUUUGGAGCUACAGCUUUCCAUUAACAACUGGAUGAAAGUGUUAUGUUGAUAGAAUGGGAAGUUCAAAGGUAAUAUAUUACUGACAAUAAAUCUUGUGAAACACGA